AUGUUAUGCUCAUUUUUACCUAUCGUUCUCUUACUGGCGUUGAGGGCUCUGUGCAAGACGUACGACUACAUCAUCGUUGGCGGCGGCACGUCCGGUAUACCACUCGCGGUCCGUCUGGCGCAAUCGCAUUCUGUCGCAAUUGUCGAGGCCGGCACAUACUACGAGAUCAGCUAUCCGUUUGCAAAGACACCUGGCGCCGAUGUCCUGCCAGUCGGAUCAGACCCUGAUACCAGUUGCAAGGCCGACUGGGGUUUCGUCACCACGCCUCAGAAAGGGGCCAAUGGGAGGCGCGUACACUUUGCCCGCGGGAAGUGUCUCGGGGGAUCACCGACCAAAGAGGCGCUAGAUACGUGGGCCGAGGCCGUUGAUGACCUCAGUUACGCUUUCGACAAUAUCUUCCCAUACUACCAACGUAGCGUGGCCUUUACUCCACCGGAUCAUGUCCAGAGGCUGGCGAAUGCGACGGCGCUGUACAACAGCAGCGCGUUUGACCCUGCCGGUGGGCCACUUCAAGUCUCCUUUGCGGACUUUGUGCAGCCGUUCUCUACGUGGGUCGCCCGCGGCAUGAAGGCCAUUGGCCUGCAUCAGACAUCGGCCUUUAACAGCGGCGAAUUGAAUGGCUACCAUUAUUGCACGUCGACGAUCCGGCCGCAAGACCAGUCUCGCAGUACCUCCGAAUCCUCUUUCCUGCCAGGGCUUUCGACUUUGAACCCUAACAUCUAUCAGAAGACGAUGGCGAAACGGAUACUGUUCGACGAAAACAAGAAUGCAAUCGGCGUAGAAGUCAACAGCUUUGGUAUAUCAAAGACUCUGAUGGCUUCCAGAGAGGUUAUUGUUAGCGCCGGGGUCUUCCAGUCCCCUCAGCUGCUGAUGGUCUCGGGCAUUGGGCCAAGAGAGCAUCUGGAACAACAUAACAUUACCGUUGUGUCGGAACUGCCUGGCGUUGGCCAGGGUAUGCUUGACCACCCCUUCUUCGGCCCGAGCUAUCGUGUCGGUGUUGAGACAUUGACCAGGCUAGCAAACGAUCCAAAAUCCCAGGUUAAGGAAUAUAUACGCUGGCUCACGAAGCACGAGGGAGUCUUGACGAGCCCGGUAGCCGAGUUCCUGGCAUGGGAGCGGAUUCCAGACAGCCUGAGGGCAGGCUUUUCUGAAGACACACGGCGGAAUCUCUCACUGUUUGCAGACGGCUGGCCAGAGGUUGAGUACAUGUCAGGAGCAGGGUUCCUUGGGAAUAUCUCCAAUUUCUACAGUAUCCAACCGGACGAUGGGUAUGAAUAUGCGUCCAUUCUUGGUGUACUCAUAGCAACAACGUCUCGAGGUACUGUUACUUUGGCGUCCAAUGACACAUCCGACCCGCCGAUAAUAAACCCGAACUGGCUAGAUACCGAGUCGGAUCAGCAAUUGGCAGUAGCGGCAUUCAAAAGAAUCAGACAGGCCUUUGCGAGUGAGGAGAUGCGCCCAGUUGUCAUCGGCGAGGAAUACUAUCCAGGACCGCAAGUCCAGUCGGAUGAGGAGAUUCUGGAUUGGAUUCGGAACAAUAUGAUGACUCUCUGGCAUCCUUCGUGCACGUGCAAGAUGGGCAGGGCGGAUGACAGGAUGGCGGUCGUGGACAGCCAAGCUCGAGUGUUUGGGGUGAAUCGCUUACGGGUGGUGGAUGCCAGUGCGUUUCCAUUUCUGCCUCCAGGUCAUCCUCAGUCUACAUGCUACAUGCUGGCGGAGAAGAUCGCCGAGGAUAUACUGGAGCAAAGCGGCAAGACAGAGGAAACGGUGAGGAUGGAUCUGCGACGGUGA